AUGCUGACGCUGCUUGUGCUCGAUGCUUGCGGGCCGGCGCUCGCCCGCCGCUCGCCGCCCGCCCCGCUUCUGUCACGCGGUCCGCAACUUGGACCGCACCAUCGUCUCCGCUCCACUUUCGAGCGCUUUCAUCUGCAGCAGCCCAGGAACCCGGCUUUAGGCUCUCAGCAAGACAAGAGAAGGCUUAUUGCUAUCGUACUGUACUUCUUGCGCGAUGGGAAACCGUACUCUACAACAGUUCUAGCCCCACCACCACCAGUGCACGAGCCUGCGCGGCAGACACCGCCGGAGGCAAGGCAUCAUCAGCAGGAGCGAGCUCACCGUCAAUGUCCGCCAGUAGUGGUACUACAAGUCACGAGUGCAUGGUACUGUGACUGUAUUUGGAUGUGGGCCCAUGGGCCCAGGGCAGCUAUAGCUGGAUGCUCUGCGCACUCAAAUCUCGCGCUCGAUCGCCAAGCGAAUGCGCGCCUGAAAAGCUGCUGCUCUGCUACUGUAUGUGGCUGCAGGUUGGACCCUGCCAAAUCGCCAGCAUUGGCCAAAUCGCCCGCCACUCUCCAGCAGCAGCGCCUUGCCCUCUCACCUCUUCUGACGCUCGUAGCGAUGCGCGGUGCAAUCACGACGUAUUAUUAUUACGCGGUUAUGCAGUCUAAUUUCACUAGAGAAUAUGUGCGGACGAUGAUGGCCAGCGUCCCGAUGCUAGCAAGUCAGAAGCAUCUCGAACAUGAAGAAUUCUUGUUCGCCCUGCGCGUCGUCGCUGCGUGCAGCUUUUUGAUCACUGUUCAUGCUGGUGAGGCAGUGCCUCGGGGCGGAAGCUGCAUGAUGGUAGCGCGAUGCAGCGCGACGCAGCCCGCGGAAGCCCCUAUCAACACUUCCACUUCAACAUCCACCCUUGGUUGCGCACGCGAGCCUUGUGGUGUUCGCUGCGAUGCAGUAAAAACAAUCACAACCUUCAAUGGUGAUGCUUCAAAUUGUCAUACAAAGCAUUCCACUGAUCCGAGAUCAUGCAGUCUUGCUUGCCUAUUCUGGACAUUCGGCAUUGCAUGGCGUCUUGCGCUCAUUCUGGUUUCAAUCACGCCGAAGCGGAAGCUGCUGCGAAAAGGCUGCAGCAAGCGUGACAGCCCUCGACCGCGCUCGAGGCACGCAAAACUCAUUUACAAUCUCGCGCACGCACGCGCAUACAGUACCACUACCACUGCGGCGACUCGGCGAGCCUCGACAUCGAUUGGUAAAGGAGGUCUGGCUUUGGUACAGCUAACGUUCCACUCCGACGAGCCAUUCACGCCUACUUACGAAUACCAUUUGACGCGACGCGAUACGAGACACGACUCACAAAGUGACACCCGCAAACCCUGUCGGGAGCGCUUGGUGCCAACGGCUCUGGGCUACAGAAUGGCUGCCUUCCUACCGACGCAGGAGCCGGGGCCUGGACCGACAGCGCAGCCUUUGCCUUCCUGGCUUUCCUACCAAGCGUACACCACCGUUGUCGGUCCCUUCACCGAGACUGUCACACGCAUCAUCUACUAUCCGGAUGGCAGCGCUCCUCCCACGCAGACGGUCGAGGUGAACGUGGGUGAGACGACAAGCAUCGGCUAUUCAGUGGUUCAGCGGCCUCUGCUCUAUACAGGUCCGCUUCCGCCUCCGCCCUUGGGCACGCUCUACACCCUACCAGGCCAGGAACUGCCAAGCAGCUCAACUCAGCAGGUGACGGCUCCAACUUCUGCACCUAGUGAAUCUGCACCACAGCCCAGUGGCACGGUGUCAUCCAGUAAUGAUGUACCCACAGGUACAUCAACCGCGCCUAGCGCGGCGCCGACUACGAAUCCCUCUCAAUCUCAAGGCGCAACGGGCACCGAAGGAGAAUCCGGUACCGUCAUACCUGUCCCGACCAAUACAGCUACAUCUGCUGCUCCAACGCAGACCGCGAAUCCAACGGCGACGAACACCGCAGCCACGAAUACGGCCACCUCUGCGCCCCUUCCUCAACCAACCGAUUCUGCAGCCGCUUCUUCUGUUUCCUCGCUGUCGAGUGUUUCUGCAUCCAGCGCAUCAGCGUCCAGCGCUGCCUCGGCGUCCAGCGCAUCCGCCUCCAGCGCUGCCUCGGCUUCAUCCGCAUCAGCCUCAAGCGCGUCCGCAUCUAGUGCUUCCGCUUCAAGCGCAUCACAAUCGUCUCAGACCACACGACCGCAGCCUACCGGAACUAUCGCAGGUAUGCCUCCGAAUGGUGGCGGAUCUGGACUGUCUGGUGGUCAAAUUGCGGGCAUCGUCAUCGGCGCCUUUUUCGGACUGCUUCUGCUACUGUUGCUACUCUUCCUUCUGUGUCGCAGGCGCAAUAGAGAUCGCGGUGCGGAAGCUGGUGUGGGAGGCGCAACUGCAGGAGGAGGUCCCAUUCGCAGAUUCAGCGACAAGUACUCGGCUGGAUUCUCCAGAGGCGGCAGUCGAAGACUUGGCACGUACGCGGCCAUCGGCGCCGCUGGUGCUGGCGCCGCUGCUGCCGGACGCGGUGGACGUGGCAGCCUAGCAAGUGAUGAAUGGGAGGAAGAUCAGCUUAAUGGAGGGAAUGGCAGUGGAUUCUUCGUCGUCGGUGGCCGCGACGGAGAUCAAAUGGCAUCCGACGCCCCGGCUGUCGGCAGUGAUCCUUUCAGCGACGGAGACGGCGGACGAAGCACUGGUGUAGGAGGCGGCAAACGCAGAGCGCUCGGCGCUCUUGGUCUGGGCGCUGCCGGAGGAUUUGUAGCAGCCGCGUUGGGCAGAAGGCGAUCCAGUAACAAGGAUAAGCAGUACAACGAGAAGGUGUCUGGCGGUGCGACCUCCGACGAUGAUGUUGACGCUCAUGGCGCGGGAGAGGAGAGGCGGGGGCUGAUGGACUACGCAAACGUGCCACCCGCAGAGCGUGACAUGUCUCAAGUUGGUCGUGGCGGCGCCGCGUGGGGCGAAGGCGACGGGGAAGGGGACAUGACGCAGGACUCGGAUUGGGCAUCCAACGCUGGCGUCCUUGGUGCAGGUGCUGGAGGGCUAGCUGCUGCGGCCGCGGCAAGCCGUGGGCGAGGUGGCGAUCCCAAGUCCGACCCAGAGAAGCAAGGCCUGAUGGACUCUCAGUACGACGAGAGUGGCCAAGACGUCGGAAGUCCAACAAACGUCCGCAAGGGGAUGACGCCGAGCCUCUCCGCCGGAUCCACCUCUGGAAGCGGUGGUAACCUGUGGGGUACGCCAUCAGCUCAGUAUGCCGCGGCCGGACUUGCAGGGGCAGGUGCAGGUGCCACAGCGGCUGGCAAUACGCACCGUCGUAAUUCGGACAGUUAUGGCGGAGGUGGCUACACAUCCGGCUCGCAGUCCGGCAACCACUCGAGCAGCAACAACAGCGGCAGCGGCUCACGAUCCAGAGGCACACCAAGCUCGCGGGGAGGUGGCGGUGGCACCAGCAGCAAUUCGACCGGGACGCGCACCGUCCAGGGCUCACCCUCUACCGUAACGAGUUUGCCACCUCCCCCGCGCGCUCCUAGAGAGCGACCCGGCGUCACAACAUACGGCAAUCUUGCUCCUGGAGCGGCGGCUGGAGCCAUCACCGCCGGGUCAGAGGGAGAUACUGAGCGGAAGCCACGCAUUCCUUCUUUCCAUGCAGGAUUCGGCGAAGGCGAUCUGGGAAUGACGGGCACAGAGCAGCCCGAAAGCGAUGUUGAAGGCGCAACACGUGCACCAGCGCUACUCGGAGCUGUAGCAGCCGGCGCUGGCCUAGGCGCUCUUGCUGCUGGACACAGGGAUAGCGGGGGCAGCACCUACUCGCGUGGUGCUUACCCCGAGCGCAAUUCGGCAGAGGUUGCCGCGACCCCGGACGAGGCAGAUCGUCAUAGCCGCUUCAUCAGCCAUAACACACCUCUGCUAGGCCCAGGAGCAGGUGGCGCUCAGACCGAUGCAGGAUCAACCUCGCAAAGCACCGCGCAUUUGUCACCUUACGCUCCUCCCGCUGCUGGAUAUGGCGCUCAUGGACGUCUAUCAACCAUCCGUUCCGUUGGCGAGUUUGGCGAAGGCAGUGCUGGCGGUGGAUCGGCUCUCCACUCUUUGGCAUCAGGCUCUGGUAGCGGAGGCAGCGCGUCGCAGUUCGGUUCGCGAGGUCAGAGCAGUCAACAAAAUGCCCCGUCUGAAGAGGCUGGCGCCGCUUUGGGAACAGCGGGCGGAGCUGCUAGCUUCUACACUCCCCCUGGCUCACCACGAGGCACUCUCGGUCAACCCAGAAGCAUGCGAAGCUUGGGUUCUACCGGUGGUGCGCCGAGCAGACUUGGAGGACCUUCUGGCUGGACACGAGAGACAGACGACGAAAUCGACGAUUCCGAGAACCCCUUCGAGGACACGCGUGCGAUCAGGCCAGAAUCAGGGGAGCCAGCAAGCGAUGCGCCCGACCAGUAUGCAAGUGCGGCAGCUACCGGUGGGAUCUUUGGAGGUCUGGCAGCCGGCUGGCGUCGUCUGACCAUGGGCAACACAGCACCACCUUCAAGCGCCGAGCGCGAGACGCCGAGCCACGAUCCAGACUUCUCGCCGGCAUCGCCGCAGCGCCAUGGCGCUCGACAUGAACCUGCCCAGACUUCUGACCCUGGUCUGGCGGCAGACGUGCACAGCCUUCGCGCAAGUGUCCAUCGCGCCAGUACGCUGGGACACGGUCAGAACAGCGGGCAAGGCUCGUCACCCCAAACUAUCUCCAAUUCUCGCGAAGCAUCCAGCGGCUCUGGUGGUACGUCCGAUUCGCGCAACGGUGAGCCUUCGGCUACUGAGCAAGAGCCGACGGUGCCACUCGAACCUGCCAUUGCCAAUGCGCCGAGUCUGCACUCAAGUCAGCGCUCUGCAGGUGGCUACAGUGCGAGCAUUUCAGACACAUCAGGCCAGACCAACUCGUCCAGAAGUCGCACAGGACCUGCAGGCUCAAGACGUUCUGCCAUGACCACAAGCACGGGCAUCGACAGUCUGAGCAACCGCACGCACGUGACGUCGAGCGAGCCGGACUCUAGUCGUAGUGGCAGCCGCAGCGGAGGAAGCAGCAGUCGCCGCACCGGGCUCAGCGAAGGCAGCGGAAGUACCGGCGCUGCGAGCUACAGUCCAAGUCAUUUGGCGCGUGGAAGCACUAUCAGCACCCGAGGCGGGACUAUGUCCAGCGGCGGGGCUAGCAGAGCGAACUCGCGCCGAACAGAGACAGACUACGCGCGGUCCCUAUCUGUUGGUCCUGAAUCGCAAGAAUACGCGAGUGACGGUCAAAGUAGUCGUGCAACGGCUGGCGGCGGCAGCAGCAUGCUGCCGGCUUCCGGAGCACUGAGCGGCAGCGGCAGCGGUAGCGGUAGUGGCAGUGGGGAAAGAAAGCGACGCCGUAGCGGAAGCUGGGAUGGUGGCGAGGGAGAAGAAGGUUUGCGCCGACUUGACAGCGUGCGAGAGGUCGGGGCAGCUGAAGAGCGAGACAGCAUCUCGAGCGCUGGCCCAUACCAAGAUUUGUAUGGGCACUACCCUAGCUCAUCGCUAGGGGCAGCGGCUAUGCGUCAGGCGCAGCGUGAGCUCGACCAACAGCAGCAGCAACAACAAGGCGGAACCUCACAUUCGCCGCAGUCAUCUUCUGACAUGGGCCGCACCCCGCGGGCACCGCCGCGCAGCUUGAUGCCCGGCGCGUCUCCAGCGGUCCAACCCACGCUCACCACCACCACUUCGUCCCCAACUUUGCAAGCCCUGCAGGGAAGAGGCGCUUCAGGUCAGACCGGUUCAUUGUCAUGGCGCGAAUCCCCACGUGUGGCGUCGGCGAGCAUGCGUGCUGCCGAAGCCGCUGCUCAUCUUGAACGUUCACGAGCCGAGGCCUUCCCGCCGGGUCAAUCAGAAUCAGCUGCUGGCACGCGACCUGCCAUACCAGAAUGGGGCCCUCUGGAAGCAUCAUUCCCGGAACAGUCCACCAGCUCUCCGCGGAGAGGUCGCCUGAGAGACGCUGAGCAGGGACCGGAAGAGCCCGAAGCUGGACAGGACGAUGGAGCAGAGGGCCGAGAAGGUGGUCGAAAGAGCGGGGGCAUGUGGCCUCGCUUCUUGCGUAUGUAG